UGUGGGUGUGGGUGUGAGUGUGUAUGUGUGCUGCCAUGGCGUUCACGCUGUCGGAGAUCAUGGCUGCACGGCGGCAGCAGCAGCAGACUCAGAGAGGAGUGAGAGGAGUGGUGGAAGUGGAUGAGUACAGCGCCAACCCCACUCAAGCCUUCACCUUCUACAACAUCAACCAGGGACGCUUCCAGCCGCCCCAUGUUCACAUGGUUGAUCCAUUGCCACAUGACACCCCUAAGCCCCCUGGCUACACUCGCUUUGUGUGUAUCUCGGACACACACUCGCGCACAGACACCAUUCAGAUGCCGUACGGUGACGUUUUACUGCAUGCUGGAGACUUCACAGAGCUUGGUCUGCCCAGCGAGGUCAAGAAAUUCAACGACUGGCUUGGCACUCUACCCUACGAAAUAAAGAUUGUAAUUGCCGGAAACCAUGAGCUGACAUUCGAUCAGGAGUUCAUGGCCGACCUGAUAAAGCAGGACUUCUACUACUUUCCCUCCGCCUCCAAGCUGAAGCCUGAGAACUAUGAGAAUGUGCAGUCGCUGCUCACCAACUGCAUCUACCUGCAGGACUCUGAUGUGACUGUCAGAGGUUUCCGCAUCUAUGGCUCACCAUGGCAGCCGUGGUACUAUGGCUGGGGUUUUAAUCUGCCGCGAGGGCAGGCACUGUUGGACAAGUGGAACCAGAUCCCAGACUCUACUGACAUUCUGCUCACACACUGCCCUCCUCUGGGUUUUCUAGACUGGGUGCCCAGAAAGAUGCAGCGUGUUGGCUGCAUGGAGUUACUGAAUACAGUCCAGAGACGGGUACAACCCAAACUACAUGUUUUUGGACAUAUACAUGAAGGUUACGGCAUGAUGACGGAUGGAACUACCACAUUUAUCAAUGCCUCUGCGUGCACAGUCAACUUCCAGCCCAUGAACCCCCCCAUUGUGUUUGACCUGCCCAAUCCCAGGAGCUCAUGAUUGAACUCGGCCACUCCUUGCGGCCCCCGUCUCCAAUCAGGGUCCCUCUCCGAGUGUAUUAGGGUGCUCUUUUGUGUGUAUAUUAAGCAGAUGGGCGAGACUGCGCUCUGGACGUUCUCAUGGAGAGUUUCAUCCACUUUGUGCCAUGUUCUGUCCUCAAAUAGUGACUCUGCUACUGCCUCAUUCGAAGAUAUUUUGCCAUUUUUUUAAGUGGUUCUCACUCUUUCAUUGCACUUGAAACGUUGUGACAAUCCCUUCUAGUAAUGUGGUCACUCCAUGGACGACCAUGGGAUUUUGGGAGGUUGUGGUGUUGGACUCUCCUCAUAAUUUAACCCCAAGAGAGGAAACUCUGCAACCUGGAAGCCUCAAAGGACCUUUGACUCAUAAAGAAAAACAAACUCAUUCUUCAGCUUUGUGCUGGAGUGCUAAUAGGUCUAGAAUGGCCAGGAGAUGAAUCAGAGGAAGUGUUUAUUGCCAGCUUUGAUUUUUGCAGCACUUCAUUCUUUUUCAUAUCUUACCGUAUCCGGUGCCAUGAUGCGAAGAAGGUUUGUUCAGGGUUUCCUUCAUCUCUUACUCUUAUUCUCUUUCCCCAGAUCUAUCAGGCAGAAAAGCCCAUGCCUGUCUGAAGGCGCCAUGUUUGGGAGGGAAGUCAGACACUGAAAGUGAAAUGUACAAAUGUUGACGUGAAAAAACUUCUAUGGUCUCUUUUUUAUUCUUCCUUUAUGCAGUUCAUUGUAAACAUGUUUGUUGUGAGUGAGUUUGUAGCAGGAAGUCCUUCAUUUUAACCUUCUCUGAUUUUUUGGAGAGCUUGUUAGAUGUCAAAUAUUGAAUAUUUUUAAGCACUUCAGUUCAAAGACAUGCCUGAGCUCAAAGUGCACUUUUGCCUAACAAGAAUACAUUGCACUUUGAUCUACAUGUUCCCCACUAUAAUUUAUUAAUAUUGCUCCUGGGUAUCAUUUACUCUCAUGUUUUACAGUUAUUCUGAGUGUCAGCACCAUGCCUAACGGUUCUACUUACAAUAAGAAUACCGGAGUCUUUCAUUUACUCCUUUUAAACGGAUGAGCGAACAGCCUGAAUCAGAGGUUGGUGGGUUGGUGUAUGUAUCUGUGUGCAUCAAGUUCAAAAGCUCAUGUUUAAAGGAAAACUCCAGCAUUAUUCCCUCUAAUCUCUGCUGCAUCUAAAACAUACAUUCAGCAAUUUUGAUGCAUUUUCCUUAGAAAAGAACAGAAAAGGGGGGGACUCAAACUCACAGAAGACACUGGGCAGUUGCUGAAUUGUGUCAGGAAACAUUUUUGCUAAAUACAUAAAUUGCAGAAUUCAUUUCACAAAUUAAUUUGCGAAUUUGUAGCUGUACAUCUGCAUAUUUUUUUUCUUUCAGAGAUAAGACUAGUUUUCCAAGAGAAAUCAUUUUCACAAACUUCUGCCUGAUGGUGCAUGGAUACCAGAAAACCUUACACCAGAACUACUUUUGUGCAGUACAGUUGCUCCAGCGUUUGAAAGUCAAAUAACACUUCUUAAGAUCAAUGGGCCACAUUCACCAGUAUCUUCCUU